AUGCUGGGACUGACGACGAUAUGCACGACCCUCGCGAGCUCCCCAGUUGAGCAACUAUCGAGCAAGCUCGCAUUCAACUACCACGUCGACACGGACGUCGACUCACUUGCGAACUACCGCGCUGAGGUGGAAGGCUUCCAGCGAUGGAGUCGAGAACGCGGGCGUAUGCCCAGAUCCGACGACAAGCUGCGCGAGCUCGAUUGGGGCGACCUAAAUAUGCUCCACUCUACCGACGUACAUGGCUGGUUUCAAGGGCAUCGCAAGCUUUCGCCACCCGAACCCUCCUAUUCCGGUGACUGGGGUGACUGGGCCUCCUUUGCGUCCAAGAUGACAACCAAGGCGCGGCGCGAAGGCCGAGAUCUCCUGCUGAUCGAUACGGGCGAUCUGCAUGAUGGCAACGGCAUCGCUGAUGGCUUCCCUCCCUAUAACAAGGACGAACCAGGUGGUAAAGAGGCCGUCGACGGACACGUCAGUGACCAAAUCUUUGCCAUGGUCGACUACGAUUUGCUCACCAUCGGCAAUCACGAGCUCUACAACUACACGGUGGCCAAGGACGUAUACCAGAAUUUUGUGCCACAGUGGGGAGGCAGGUACAUGACGAGCAACGUCAAAAUUGCGCUGCCCCAUCCCGACGCUCCGAACGCAAGCUAUGCUCCGAUCGGAUCCCUCUUCAAGACACUGGUCACGCCCGUGCAAGGGCUCAAGAUCAUGUCGUAUGGUAUCAUUUUCGACUUUAAGCUCGCUGCUAAAGGCAUUGCCGUGCAAUCGCCGCAGGAGAUGGUCGAGGAAGAGUGGUUCGAUCGCAGCCUCGACCUUGCUCGCGACUGGGGCGUCGACACCUUUGUCGUGCUAGGGCACAUGCCUGUCUCGGGCGAUCCAGGCUGGGAGGCGGUCCACUCUAAGAUCCGCUCGCGCUUCCCCGACACGCCCAUCGCCAUUUUUGGCGGGCACACACACGUGCGCGACUGCAGGAUGAUGGACAGCCAGACUAUGGCGCUCGAGAGCGGUCGAUACAUGGAGACCAUCGGCUUUAUGGGCAUCAAGGACCUCCAGAAGCGCAAGCGUGCCGGCGGUCGCGGCAAAGUCAAGUUCACCCGCCGAUACAUAGACUCAAAUCCGAGGAACUUUGCACAUCACCUCAAGCUGUCUAGUACACGCGAGCUGGCCACCAAGAAGGGCAGUUUCAUUCGAUUCAUCAUGGAUGCCAUCUCGGAAGCUUGGAGCCUUUCGCGGCUGCAUGGCGUCGUGCCGCAGGAUUACUACUUGGAUCGCGUCCCGUACGGCGACAAUUCGAGUCUGCUGAGCCUGUUGGCUGAUCGGGUGCUGCCCAAGGUGGUGCGCCCUUCGGAGAAGUCGCGGCAGGAUAAGCAGAGUUUGGUGCUCAUCAAUAGUGGCUCGCAGCGAUUUGACGUGUACUCAGGCCCUUUUACGCGCAACGACCAGUACAUCGUUUCGCCGUUCAAGGACCGCUUUCUGUACAUGGCUGAUGUCCCGUGGGGGGUGGCCAAGCAUCUGCUUGAUGGACUGCUGACGUUCAAGAGAGGAGCUGUGGUCGAGGUGAUGCAGGGCGGAACGCAGUUUUCGGAUGGCGACGCUCUUCUGCGAUAUGGUAGUGGGUUCAUGGAGGACAUCUUCGUGCGAUGGCAAAAGUCACAGUGGUUCAAGUUCUUGCAGGCCGAACAGGCGGAUCGGCAGCGUGCGGCCGCUGCAGCCGCUGGCGAUGGCGAAAGCGGCAGUUUCACCAACACCACGAUCCAGAGCAUCGAAGAGCUCGAGGCGGAAGAAGACGAAGAGCUGCUCAAGUUUUUCCACAAGUACGACUCGCUCGACAAACCUUCGCUGGGUUACCGGACCGUCGACCAGUGCGCGGGCGCGGGCGACGACACAAUCCAUUCGCCACUACCCUUCUACCGGAACCAGCCGGAAUACGUCGCCUCGAACCCGGACCCUCUGCCCGCAUCGGACGACGACGUGGUCGAUGUGGUGUUUGUCGACUUCAUGCGCAAACUCAUGGUCGAGCUGCUCAACCGGUACGACCUCGAGCGCAACGGGACGGGCCAGUACAGUGUGGACCAGCUGCAGCGGUGGGGCGAUAUCACUACGCAGCUCUUGUACCCAAGGUUCGCAGAGCUCGAGUGGCAGCCUCCUGAAGGCGCGGUCAAGGCGGUGAAUGCCCAGGCGAGACGUGCGGGUAAGAUGGGUUAUGCCCCGCUCGACACCGAACCGGAUUACGAUUAUGAGGAGCAACAGCAGCAGCAGCGACAGGUUGACGCUGUGCACUCUACAGUUCAGGCAAAGACCUCUAGCGGCUCUUCUUCUUCGUCGUCGCGGUCGUUGACGAAGGAAGAGCUGCAAUCUUCUACAACACAGUCACGCAAGUAG